GGAUCCUUGCCCAUUGGGCCCAGCUGGGGCCAGUAUAAAAGAGGCACAGAGGAGUGGGAGGGAUCCAGAGAUCCCGAGGCCAUAAGGGAAACUGAGGCACACACAGAGGUGUCCAUGGCGGGCUGGGCUUUAUGCAUGGCCCUGGUGCUGGCAGCACUGCCAGAGGCAGUGGGUGAGAGCCGCUAUGAGAAGUUCCUGCGGCAGCAUGUGGACUACCCCCGGACAUCCGUGUUCGUGGCACACCGCUACUGUGAGACCAUGCUGGCACGCCGGCAGGUGACGGCCCCGGGGCGGCCCUGCAAGCCCUCCAACACCUUUGUGCACGCACCAGCUGGAGAGCUGGUGGCUGCCUGCACCCAGACGCCUGACACAGCGGGACUCCACAGCACCCCAACACCCAUGAGCCUCACAGCCUGCCGCCUGCGGGGGGGGGACACCCGGCCCCCUUGCACCUACCGGGCCCGGCAGCUCCACCACCAUGUGCGUGUCGCCUGCCUUGAUGGGCUGCCCGUGCACCUCGCUGGCACCCACAUGCCCCCAAGGGAGGUUUGACAUGGGGUGGCUGUAAGUGGGGAUGUGGAUUUGCCCUCCCAUUGGGGGGUCCGUUAGGUCCUGCAAUAAAGGAGGUGCUACAGG